AGGAAAGAUAGUGUUACAUUCUUGUACAUUUAAUAGUGUAUUGUAACGUGGUGUCAUAUCCAUACAUAGCUACCAUUUUAUUUUCAACUGCAUCCAUUUUAAGUGAUUUUUAUGGAUAAAUCGAUCUCUGUGUGCUCGUGCAACGCAACAAUUAAGCUAAUCAUUCAUUCAGUCUUACUUUGAAUUCUCCCUCCGAAUCAUCCGCUCUAUGACAACGUCUUGCCGCAUUAAACGUGACGUUCUUGGCUUUAUAACAAGACGUGACGAUAAUGUAUAUAAAUAUCCAUGAUAGAAAGCAAUCGUCCGUUAAGGUCCCAAGUUUAAUUUCAAGUCUGUUAUCUUCGACUGGACUCAACCGAGCCUGGGUUGACCAGGGUGAAGGUACGAUUCCGUCCGUCACCCUUGGUUAGCAGGUCGUUUGGGGCCAGGGACAACUUUGAUUCAAACCUUGAAGGAAAAUUUGGGUUUUUCAAAGCAUUUUUUUCAGCUGGUUCCACACAGCAGGAACAAGCUGUUCUUAACUAGAAGGACAACCAAGACUGUCCAAAAUUAUGAUGCAACUCACCGAAGCACCCAAACAGAAAAACUCCCUCCUCAGCUCCAUGAACCAUUUCAUCGGUGCCGUCAACGACAUGGACCAAACUAUCAUGGUUCCCAGCCUGCUGAGGGACAUCCCCACGGAUGAGUACACGGAGAUGGCCUACAUGAAGUCAGACGUGGACAACAUGUACAGCCACUACCAGCUGCUCAAGUCCCUCCGCUGGGACAUGGAGUUGGGGGUGAGCAGUGAAAAGCGGAGGCGAAUGGAGGGCUUGAGGCGCACCGUAUCCUCCUCCUCCUUGGUGUCCUCGUCUGAGGAGGAUGAAGACGACUUGGAGAAGCAGUUCCUGUACCACCUCGCUGGCCUGCAGGGGGUGCUGUCCAAGCUCACGUUGAAGGCAAACUCUCUCACAAGGUGCUACAAGCAGAGAGUUGGCAUAUGAGGAUAAUGAGGACUUUUUUUGUUUUUACAUUGCCACUGGUCCACUCAUAAAUGUCUUGCACUGAUGUCUUCUAUGUUUGGAACUCACACAUAUUGGUCACAUUUUACACUCAUUGACACAUGUAGGGGGACACAUUUAAAAUGCUCAUAUAAAAGAAAUUAUGUCACUGAUCUCCAUGGAAGGUUAAGCCAUACAGCCCGCCACUUGCUCACCUGAUCACAGCUUCAGAAGGACUCAAACACAUCACUCCAAUACUGGCCUCUUUGCACUGACUGUCAGUUAUUUUUAGAAUUUAAUUUAAGAUCUUAUUUGUUUUGAAAUCUCUUCAUUGGCAGCCCUGAGGUCAAAUGAUCAGCUUCUGUCAGUGUCCCACGUUUAUGCUUAAAACCAGAGGUGAUGGCAUUUGCAGUAGCAGACCCCAAACUUGGGAACCGUCUCCUCUCCCCCUAAAUCUUAGACCUGCUACUUCAGUCGAGACUUUCAAAUCAAUGUCUGUUCUUUGUACUUUCAUGUACUUUGUAUUUUAGCCUUUUAUGUUUUUGUUUGUAUUUUUUGUCGCUCAUGUACAGCACUUUGGGGCAGUAGUGGUUGUUUUAAAAUGUUCUUUAUGAAUAAACUUUACCUUGA